CAUCACUAGCGCCAGGCCACUCGCCGCCUGCUGCCCCAAACCUUCGACCCGCGUCUCUCCUGCACCGCAGGCUUGCUUGCGCGUCUGAUACCCAAGAUGAUGGUCGACUAUAACCGCACCAGAUUCGUGGACAGCCUACUCGAGAAUAACAAGGACCAGCCGCCGUCCUUCAAGAUCCAUCUUCACGCGGAGCACUGGAACCUAAAUAACGGGUCCAAGUUCCUGUACAACAACCAGGUUGCGUCCCUCCUCGAUGAUAUCCGAGAGCACCGCAUACCCGCCGACUUCCUCGGCCUCUUCACCGAGAGCAACGUCCCCUUCUACGAGGGCUGCCUCAUCGUCGAGCUCAUCGACUACCGCGUGGGCGCGCAGAAGGACAUCGCCUCCACCAGCAAGCAGCCCAUCGCCUCCACCUCUACCUCCGCCAACCAACCGACGACUGCUCCCCUCGUCACCCGCGUGGUCUUAUUCCCGACACCGGAGACGGUGUAUACAGAUAUUUGCCUCCUUGGCGCGCGAUACGGCGCGCGGUGGACGGACAUGGACGCGCUCGAGGCGGAGGCUCGGAUAUUGCUCGCCACCGCCCCACCCCUCUGCCUCGACCCCGACCCGCACCUCACGCGCGCCGUGAACGCGACAAUGAAGGUGUCCACCCCAUCCACGCCCACAUCCCUCAAACGCAAGGCGAGCGCGGCGCUCGACGCGGAGGACGCGCGCGCGAGACGGGCGAAGGUGAUGCAGUUCAUGAAGCCCAGGGAGACGUUGAGGGCGGGGGGUGGACACCGCCUCUUCGACGCCCUGCAGCGCGUGCGCGCGGGCAAGUCGAACGCGGAGGACGAGCAACCGCCACCGACCGCCGCGGCUGCACCCAGUACUACAACCACGACCACAAGCAGAUCCCGCGGCGCAAGCGCGCAACCGGGGAUCACGAUCUCGAACUCGCUGUAUGCGGGACAGCCGCCGCCGAAUUAUGCAGGCCAGCCGCCUCAACAGAGCGCGCCGCAACAGCCAAAUACUUCACAACAGAACGCGCCGUAUGCGGGUCAGCAGGCACACGCGGGCCAACCACCAAAUACUGCACAACAACAGAACGCGCAAUAUGCGGGCCAGCAACAGCCGUACGCCGGACAGCAGGGAUACGCGGGUCAACAGCCCGCGCCCGCAAUCCCGCCCACCAUUGCCGCCAAUCUUACGCGCACGCAAACGCCGAAUGGGCGGGUGACGCCGAAUGCGGUGAACGGGAGGACGACGCCUGCAGUCGUCAACGGGCGAGCAACGCCUGCGGCGCCGAAUGGGGUCGCUGUAAAUGGGCGAGCGACGCCGGCCGUUGUAAAUGGACGCGCGACGCCUGCGGUGGUGAAUGGGCGAGUGACGCCUGGUUUGGCGAACGGUAGGGCGACGCCCACUAUGCCAAAUGGUGUUGCUGUCAAUGGAAGAGCGACACCGGCUGUGGGGAUGGUCAAUGGGCAGGCGGUGGUCAACGGGCAGGCUGUGGCGAACGCACAAGCUGUAGCGAAUGGGGUCAUGACCCUGAACAGCCAAGCGAUGGCGAACGGUCGUCAAACGCCACAAACAAUACCAACCGCGACGCAGCAGUUCCUGCACCAGCAGCGCGCGGGGCAGCAGCAGCACUUGAAUCCGAUCCAGCAACAGCAGCAUGCGAUCCAGCAGCAACAUGCGCUUCAGCAGCAGCAAGCGGCUCAGCAGCAACACCAACAACACGCGCAUCAGCAACAGCAGCAGCAAGCGCAUCAGCAGCAACAGCAGCAACACCACCCCACCCAACCCCCCGCAGGCAACGCGCUCGGCCUAUCGGACGCACCGCAGCGAUUCGCGGGCUCGCCGCCCAUACAAGGAUCGCCCUCGCAAGGCUUCACCGCCAGCCCGCAGCUACAGCGCACCAUGGCCGCCGGCUCGCCACCCAUGCAGGGCUCACCGCGCCAGGGCUUCGCAGGCUCGCCACCACAGCCGUCGCCGCAGAUGCAGCGCGCUUUCGCGGGUUCGCCGCCCGUGCAGAGCUCGCCGCAGCCGCCGUUCGCGGGCUCGCCGCAGCAGCGGCAGUUCGCGGGGUCCCCGCCCGCGCAGGCGACGCCGCAGAUGCAGGCACAGCGGGUCCAGCAGAUGAUGGUUCAGCAGCAGCAGCAGCAGCAAAUGCAGGCGUCCCAGCAGCAACAGUCCCAACAGCAGCCUCAACAGCCCCAGCCCCCACAACAACAACCCGCAUCCGGACCCCUCCGCCCGCCCACGCAGCAACAAGUCGCCGCCGCGAUGCAGGCGAUCCAGCAGCAGCACCCGCAGAUGCAGAUCCACCCUCAACAAGCACCGCUCUUCGCGCAGUUCUACGCCGUGUACACGAGCGCGGGCGGGGACGCGCUGCUGCGGAGCGCGGAGGCGACGAUGGGCUUCCUGCAGCGGCACCCCGGGUGGCGGACGAUCCCGCCGUCGGCGAAGACGGGCAUCUCGACGAAGGUGGGGGCGGCGGUGGGGAAUCUGCAGGUGCUGUGGCAGAUGUGGAUAGGGUUGACGCGGCAGGUUCAUGCGCAGGCGCGGGGGCAGCAGGCUCAGCAGCAACAGGCUCAGCAGGCUCAGCAGCAGCAGGCUCAGCAAAAUGGUCAGCAGCAGCAGCAGGCAGCGCAAGCGGCUCAGGCGCAGCAGCAAGCAGCUCAGCAACAAGCCGCGCAGCAGCAGGCGGCGCAUCAGCAAGCGGCGCAACAGCAGGCUCAGGCAAGCCAGCAGCAGAUGCAAAUUCAGCAACAGCAACAAGCCGCGGCUCAGGCCAUUCAACAACAGCCACGCCCUCCGAGUCAGCAACAACAUCCACCCGCUCAGCAAAUGCAGCAGCCGCCACGUCCACCUACCCAACAACCCCAGCAGCAGGUCCCGCACCAGCAGCCGAACCCGCAACCUCAGCAAAUCGCCCCAACGCCGCAACAGCAGCUCACGCCUGUUCAGCACCAGCAAAUGCAACAAUUACAGCGCAACGCCGCCUAUGCGCAAGCCUCACCCGAGCAACAACGGCUUUACAUGCAGCAGUACAUGCAGAUGUACGGGCACAACGGCGGCGCGCCCGUCGUCUGGGCGGUCCCGCAAGGCGCCCAGUACACCAUCGCGGCCGCGGGGCGGGGCGCAGGGCAGCCAGGGCAGGGAGCGCAGAUGACGCAGGCGCAGGCGGCUCAGAUCGCGCAGGCGCAAGCGCUGGCUCGCGCACAGGCGGCGGGGCGCGGGCAGCAACAGCAGCAGCAGCAGCAGCAGCCGACGCUCACCCAGCUCCAGACGCAGAUGGCGCAGGUCUCGCAGAUGCACCAGCAGCAGAGCGCGCAGGUGCAGGCGCAGUACCACCAGGCGCAGGCGCAGUACUCGAAUAUGCAGCCGCAGGGGCAGCACGCGCAGCCGGGGCAGAUGCAGUUCACGCAGCAGCAGGUGCAGCAGAUGCAGGCGCACGCGGCCCAGCAGCAGAUGAUGAUGCGCGGGGCGGGCGUUGCGGGGAAGAUGGCCAUUCCGAGAGGGAGGGGGCGGGGGAUGUAGCGCCUUAAAGGGGGGGGGGGGUAAUUGUGAGCAACUCAGGUAUUCGGGGAGGGCAGGGCGAUCACACCACGAGCUCUGGCAAUGCUUUGUAUCAUAUCAUGUUCUGUAUUUAUCGCGUUGUAUCGUAGGGAUGGAUGUGGAGGCUUGCAAUGUGUGUCCGAAGAUUCCAAGUUCUGCUUUGGACUUAGUCUCGAACCAGCCGUUUCGUCGGCUUUUUUUGGCUCUGUUUACAGCCACUGUUUGGGUGAAUAGAUGAACCUUGUACGGCGACGUACAGUUUACG